CGAGACCACGAGUGUCCUCACACUGCCACCAGUACCGCCACCAACCUUGUCCUUGUGCGUUCCUUGUAGCCAUCUCCGACUCCGCGCCUCCGCUGCCUCCCGAAAGCAUUGCCAGUUCCUCCGCACAACAUGACGCGCAUCCACCGCCUCCGCCCCCUCUUCCUCUUCGUUCUCUUGGCGUCGCUGCAAUGCGGUGCGGCGACGGCGGCGGCUGGAUACGGAGGUGGCGCCGAGGGGUUCUGCUCGGCGGAGCCGUCCAGCAAGUGCUCCGGGGAUCAGCCGCUCUACUGGAAGGUCACCCAUCCCACCCUCGCGCCCGCGCACCUCCAAGAUUUACCUGGCUUCACACGUAGUGUUUUCAAAAGGGAUCAUGCUUUAAUAACACCAGAGAGUCAUGUAUUCAGUCCUUUGCCUGAUUGGAUCAAUACAGUAGGAGCAUAUUUGAUCAGUCCAGCUAUUGGUGCACACUUCAUUAUGUAUCUAGCAAACAUGCAAGGCUGGAAGGCUCCUUUAAUGAACCAAGCUGGAAGAUUAACACUUGUCAGAUCUGUCCUCACUGCCAUCCCUAUUUAUCACCUUAUUGCGAUUCCCUGCCCUAAAUGGGUGGUCAAGGCUAUCGACAAAAUCAGAAGGGGCUUUUUGUGGAAGGGCAGAAAAGAUGUUAGAGGUGGUCAUUGCCUUGUGGGGUGGAAUAAGGUCUGUAAACCCCUAAGUAUGGGGGGUUUGGGAAUUCACAAUCUUGAAAUUCUUGGUUGGGCUUUGAAUCUGAGGUGGCUGUGGCUCAAGAAAACUCAACCAGACAGGCCUUGGGCUGAGUUUGAUGUGCAAGUCCAUCCUAAUGUUACUGCCAUGUUCUCAGCCUCAGUUUGCUCCAUAGUAGGGGAUGGGGGUGGUACACUGUUUUGGACUGACCGCUGGUUGCAUGGCCAAUGUAUCUCAGAAAUUGCCCCUUCCCUGUUAAAUAGAGUUCCAAUUCGAGUGAGAAAAAGGAAAACAGUUCAGCAAGCUCUCAGGGACAACAGUUGGGUUGGUGACAUCUCUGGCAGCUUACCGGCAGAAGUGAUUGUUGAUUUCUUAAUAAUUUGGGAUUUAACUCAGGAUAUUCAUUUGCAACCUGGAGUACCUGAUGCUUUCCGUUGGCUUCCAGGUGCUUCAGGGGAGUACUCUGCUAAAACAGCCUACCAACGUUUUUUGGCUGGUUCUAUGGAAUUUGAGCCAGGUAAAAGGAUAUGGAAGAGUUGGGCGCCCCCUAAGUGCAAAUUCUUCAUUUGGCUUGCUUCCCUUAAUAGAUGCUGGACAGCGGACCGUCUAGCUCGUAGAGGUCUUGACCACCCGGUGAAAUGCGUUCUAUGUGAUCAGCAGGAGGAGACAAUCCAGCACAUUUUGGUCUCUUGUGUCUUCUCCAGGAAUUUAUGGUGGCAGAUCUUAUGCAAAGUGGGGCUGCAGCUUGUGGCACCAGGGCUGGAGACAUCAAUUUUCCAGGAUUGGUGGAGUAUGGCUGAAGAUCUUGUGCCAUCUUUGCACAGGAAAGGGUUCAACACAUUGGUUAUUCUCGUGGCUUGGUGGAUCUGGAAGCACAGAAAUGCUUGUGUUUUUGAUGGUGUCUCCCCAAAUUCGAAUGCAGUUCUGCAACAGAUCCAGGAGGAUGCCAGGCUUUGGGAGAUGGCAGGUGCUAAGGCUCUGAGAAGGCUGUGGCCUUAAUUUAGGGGCUUGGUUCACUUGUUUUUUUGUUCUUUCUUUUUCUUCCUUUUUCUCCUUUAUUUUCUUUUGUAUAGCUGUUGUUCUUGGUCUUCUUUAGACCUUCUCUCUACUUAAUAUAAUGAUGCGCAGUUCUCCUGCGUAUUCGAGAAAAAAAAAAAAUAAUUUCAAACAAAGGGAGUACCAAGGAAGAGUAUCCAACAAUGUCCUCAGUUGAUGUACAAUUCUAUAAGUAACUGUUUUUUUUU